UUUGUUUUUUCAGCUUUAUUUUUUAUUUAAAAAGCUUUAAACAGCUGUUAAGUCAUCAUGAAGCUCACACGGAGUUCUUGCUUCACCGAAUAACAACAGCAACAGCUGCAGCGAGACGCAUAUUCUUAAUAUGUAGCUGCCUUCCAGCAACCUGGGUGGUCUUUUUGUUUUUAUACGAGGGCGUCAGCCUUGAUUGUACUUUUAAAAACCUCUUUUCUGCUACGUUUUUUUCCGGACCUGACUCAGUCGGAAACGGCAGCAGCGCAAACGACGUACCGAGGAGGAGCAUUCCCCUGAGGUUUAUUACAGCGGAGGACGCAUCAACAGACAGGGACUCGAGACCGAGACGAAGAACAGUCAACAUGUUUGAGGCCAAAGGAAUCCCCUUCGUCCUCCUCGACUUAGUCUGUCUGAUACUGGGAGGUCUGCCUCUGGCAGCCUUUAACCUGGGUAAAAUCCGCCCUUACCAAAGGGGCUUUUUCUGUAAUGAUGACAGCAUCAAGUACCCUUUCCAUCACAGUACAAUCACCUCCACGGUGCUCUACACUGUGGGCUUCACCCUGCCCAUUAGCUGCAUGGUUUUUGGCGAGUGCCUUUUAGUUUAUCUAAACCGCCUCAAAUCCAAGUCAUCCUUCGGCAGCUAUGUUGCCUGUGUUUACAAAGCCAUUGGUACCUUCGUUUUCGGUGCUGCGAUGAGCCAGUCUCUGACGGACAUUGCCAAGUAUUCAAUCGGCCGGCUCAGGCCGCACUUCCUGGAUGUGUGUAAACCUGAUUGGAAACUCCUCAACUGCUCAUUAGGGGCUUAUAUCGAAGACUUCACCUGCAGCGGAGAUGCAACAAUGGUCAAUGAGGGCAGACUGUCUUUCUACUCCGGCCACUCGUCUUUUUCCAUGUACUGCAUGCUGUUCCUUGCUCUCUAUCUGCAGGCUCGACUCCAGGUAGAGUGGGCGCGGCUGUUGAGACCGACUCUUCAGUUUUUUCUGAUUGCUGCAUCGGUGUAUACAGGAUUGUCGAGGGUGUCCGAUUACAAACAUCACUGGAGCGAUGUGCUGACUGGACUGCUGCAGGGUGCACUGAUGGCUCUGUUGGUGGUCUUCUUUGUGUCAGACUUUUUCAAGUCGAGUGCAGAUUCCCGUAAGGAAGCAGACAUCCCUCACACAACCCUGCAGGAGACGCCCACGAAUGGAAACCACUUUGAGAGUCCUAACUAAGCUAAGCAAGCGGCACAGACCCUUGCUCAGUCCCAACGCACCCCCAGUAUCCCAGCUCUCAAGCUUUCAUAUCACACAAAUUCUCAUCCAAUACCUUGCAAGGACCUCCCGUGUAAACUACCUGAUUGUAUUUUACGCUGAACUAAAGGAACUCUGAAUCACACAAGGCCUAUUUAGAUGUAAGACUGUCCACCAGUUCUUUAUGUGGUGGCAAAGUGGUAAGAGAGACUGUCCAUCCCACUGAAGUGACUGUCGAAGAUGUAAGCUAGAGAUGGGAAUCAUUUAGCAUGACCUACUGAGGCGGUGGGAAGGCCUGCCUGCAUGCACACACACACACACUAAAAGGGUCUGACCACUGCUGGGAAAGAGGAGGGUGGGAAACCUGUGAAUGUACCCUGCUUAGUGCUUCUCCUGACCUGCAGUCAGCACUUGAGGAUGUGAUUUAAGGGUCACUUUUAUGUCUCCAGCACACAGAAGUGAGCUUUUAAACUUUUCUGCCUUAAGGCAAGUGUUAAUCAAAGGGCUAGAAAAACUAGCAAAUGCUGGAAAAUGAAGCUGAUCCUAAACCAGAGAGCAUUAAGUGCUGCACAUCUGGAACUGCUGACUCCAGGUUGCUGCUGUCUUACUCUCCAGCUGUCUGACCUAUUGUGUUGGUUAGUGUUGCAGAGUAGACUGUCAGUUUUAAGUCUUGUGUUGCCUUUGCUGGACUGCAAAUGCUACAGCUAUGUAUCUAAUAUUAACAAGUGAAUAAACAACAAUGUACUUUUGUAUAAUCUGUAUGUAUACAAAUCACCAUACAGACUUUUAUUGAAAAACAAUGUUACAAAUAUGUACAAAUGUCAAACUAUGGAAAAUAAAGCCAUUUCACUCAUUAAAAUUAA